GUACCUUCUCAUGGCCCUCAAUACGGUACAAUGUCGAGGAUAUCUGCCGCACAGAUCGACGCCACCAACUCGCAAGACGCGCCCUCGUCGCGUUCAUUUCCCGGUUUCCCUCUCUUCUUUUUCGAUCGGAAUCUUCCCUCCACGCGGCUGUGCUCUUGACUCGCAAGGCGCUUCAAUCGAGUAUUCAGUCGCUGAGCUCGUCUCUUCACGCUAUUGCCUACCGAUGGCUUCACCGGCCCCUUCGCCGCGUUGCCAACAUCGCCUCCAUCGUCAUGGGCGAAUAUAUUCGAAUCGCUUUGAGCGGACGGCGUUGUGGCUCAAUACCUCGCGGCUUCGCAAGACAUCGGCUCCAAGUCCUAGACCGAUUCUCCCUCUCCCUUUAUAUUCAUUGGCCGGUCAUUUCCUUCGGCGAGCUCUGUCCCUGCUGCGCGUAUCGUACACCGGCUUCUCAUUUGUACGAUGUGCUUCAUAAAUGCCUUCGUUCCCCUCCAU